AUGAAGACACCGGUGGCUUUUCUGUACAAUUUCAAUAACUACACGAUUACUUCCAUUUCGGGCGGAUUUGACUCCCAUUUUGCGAGAGAAUGCGUCCGAUAUCUAAGGGUAACGUUUCCGCUGAAGUAUAACCGGGAGUGGAGACAAUUGGUGGCCGUUAUGCUCGCGGAGGACAACGACGAUAGCCCUUAUACCGCGAACGGAAGUAUCGCUAUAUUUAGACGCGUAAACGCGAACACCAAUACAUUCCUCGACGGCCAUUACCUGAGCGAAGACUUAGACGGCUUUAAAGCUCACUAUGAUUUAGGCAAUGAUCACGAAAUGAUAUCACUUAUCAAAUACAAUAAGAUCUAUACGAAUGACACGUGGAGGGUAUGGGGUUGUGGCCGCUUGUGUACACUCAUUACACCGUUAACUGAAAUUAUAAUCGAGACGACCUUUACUACCGAUACAGAUACCAAUAUUACCACUGCGUCCAGUAAGAUCCGCUAUAAUGAAAACAUGGAUAUGACUCACGACCUGUUUUUGCGGUGCGACGAACGGCGGGUGCCGUUCAGUCGAUUUGACUUUUGCGACCAAAACUACGAUUUCGAGAAUAUAUUGAGUUUGGGAUCCGAUCUAUACUUUCAGCAAAGCUCUAAUUAUGGAUUCACUGCCGACUCGUAUCCGACGGGUUCUCCACUCAAUGGGCAAAACAUCCAAAAUCUGGUUUUCGACUCACACUUCGGCCCAUUCCUCGAGACCGAAGGCUUUGACACGACUCAACGGGUGUUUGGCUUCUCAUACAAAGCGAUCGAUCGGUUCCCGUGCGGACACUUAAUCAACGAACACGAUUCCGACCAGUGUGUGGACAAGUAUACAAAGUCGCCGUACUUUCACAGCGUGUGUUUGUACGGCACAAUUAACCGAUUGACAAGGGGACGCGUACCCGUGUUCGGCAUAUAUGACGGGCAUUUCAAUUCAUACAUUCACACACCGGGAGGUCUGGAGCGGCCGAUCAUCAAAGAGGGUGACCGACACAAACAGUUCUGCAGAGCGAUCUCCGAUUACGUGCGGUUCGACAAGACAUACGACGGCUCCCAAUUCGGUGUCACACAUAUCACCGGCUAUCAGACCGGCGGACGCAACCAGAUAUCGAUCGCCCAGACUCUGACCAAACUCGCGGGCGCGGCCCCCCAUACACUCGACACCUUCUUUGCCGUAUAUUUACUGAGUUUUGACUAUUUCUAUAUGAAAAACAGCCAUUCGUUGGAUCAUAAAACAUUUGACGCGGACCUCAAUGUUAGCCGUAAGGUAUACUUCAUACCAAAGCUCAGUGACAACUUUAUCCUGCACUCAAUCUUCCGAUACAAACACGUUUCCUACUGUUUGGUCGGCUACGGCGGGCCCGGCAUAAUGGAGGUCCGAUAUCUAUACAGCGAGAACUUUAAACGCAUGUUUCCGUUUGACAAAACCAAUGAGAUAGAGUGGUCAACAGUGGUCACGUGUCCCAUAGAAAUGAUGAGGUAUUCAGUGGUCAGUAACUACCGGGAGGGCCAGCUCUGCCAUGAGAAACCCACAUAUAAUAUACAUCACAGUGUGUUCAAUAUCGGUCCCGCACUAUACCAUCAAACAGGCCUUCAUUUCUAUUAUUACGAUAUAAUGAGAAAGAAAUUUAUUUUUGACAGACAUGUGACCGAACUAUUGGCCACUUAUUUUGACACUCGACAUCGUUUGACCGGGCAUUCAGUUGAAUGGGUGAAGGGCGACGGCUUUUAUCAUGUGGUAAUUCACGGCAGGAGUAGUUUGACGUAUCGACCGUUAGGCGAAUACAUUUUCGGACUAUUUAUAUAUGUCUACAAAGACAUAGACACGAAGACAUUGAUGCCAGUCGUCAAACCCAGUGACUACUUGGCCGGUACGGGCGUCACCCGAUUACUGUUCUCACUCGGCCCGCACCGGUACGACGGCCUGUUUGACCAUCAGCUGGUAUUGUUCGCCUGGCAGGGGGUACGGAUCGAGAUGUAUCAGAUUGUCAACACGUUCCUGGACAAGAAUGACCACAAUGUGACCAUGGUGUUCCACCACGACCACUGGCAGCAUGUCGAUGCGAAGCAGGUAUUGUUCCCAUUCAUCGCUUCCAGUAUAUCGAAAGCAGCGAAUUGGUACUACCAGGACAUGUGUCAGUUCGACAAAUACAUCGGCGCUUACUUUGAUUACGACAACAUUACGCACAGAAAAGGCGCUUAUUUGGUGGCAACCGAUAACCAGAGCGAUGUUCUCUAUCUGUACAAUAUGUUAGACUGGAUUCGCAAACCAUAUGUCGAAAUCGAUUCGAUGUAUAAAUUCAAGAAAUCGUUGUGGUCUUACUUCACCACAUAUUGUCCAAUGAGAGGUCCAAACGAUUAUGAUUUUACCGGAAUCAAUGAAAGUAUGUAUUUUCUAUAA